CAUCAUUUGUGCUGAUGUUGUGUGGCUAUAUAUACCUGAUCCAGUUGUUAGUACAUGCCUUGUUACUGGUGCUUGGUCAUUUUGCUGUCAGUUUGACCUCAGAGAAUAUCCCCAUAGCUGACCAUAACAUUGAAGAGGCUAUUUUAGAAGAAGGCUCGGAUGUUAUUGAGAGAGAUCCCGACCCUGGAGAUAACAUUACAUGCCCAGAACAGGAGGAUGUAUGUAUAAAGCAAAGCUGUGCAUUCCCAGAGAAAGUGGAGAUAUUACAAAGAGAUGGUACAGAUAAACAGAGAAAUGAUAUGAGCAUAGACAGUGUUGCUGUUGGAAGUAAAGCUGUAUAUGACAUAAGAAGAGAAGAAUUCAUCAGCACCAGGGAAGAUAAUGCUAUCACUGGAGAUACUGAAGAGGCAGCAAAGAACCAUGAAUGUAAAGAAACAGUUAAAGUAGAUAUCCUUGUAGAAGGGGAGGAUACUUUUGUAGACUGGGAGGAGACAAACUCUGUAGACAGUGAAGAAUCUGUAUUACAGGUGAGCAGCUACCUGCAUAAUGAACAGACACACACACUGGGUGAUAUCAAUUUGAAAAAAGAUACCAGCAUUCAACAAAAUGAUAUUAAUAAUGAGACAGAUGAUACUUUUGAAUCGAUAGAUGAUAACCCUGAGAAGAAAACACCUCAUGAAAAGGAGAAUGACUAUAUACUUGCAGACAAUGAUACAAUUGACAAGAAAGAGUGUUUUAUAUUGAAAAGGGA